AAGUCAACGGAGGUGGAAGUUACGGAACAGGAGGCCGAGGGGACAGACUCACAAGAAGAACGCCAGCCGCCUUCAAAAGUGGAUACUGAGCAGGCUCCGUCCAAUGGACCACCUAAUUUCGAUUUCCAGAGUGCUCGUAGUCGAGAAAUUCACUCCUUUUUGCGUGGCUCAACCUGUUUGUCUGGAGGUCUUGGAUGGUGGAAACAUGAAGUCUGUUAUGGCCGUAAAAUCAUCCAGUACCAUGAGAGCAUGGGUAGUGCUUUUGCCGAUGUAUUUCGAGCUAUUCUUUCCGACCGUCGAUUCCGACGAUGUCCACUGUGUGCUCCACAGUGCGAUGGUGCUCGGAUGGUGAGUUACGCGAUGAUUAGUUUUAAGUUGUUGCAUCUCCCACACUCUCCCCCAGCCGUCCGACAGCAAAAGAAUGGAGGCGAUGACAUGGAUCCCAGUUCACACGGCCUGGGCUUCCAUGUCACAGAUUCCAUCAUAAACCACCUGACCCCAGCCUAUAUUUAG